GUCCAUUUUGGUGAUUACUGUCACUGGUCGAGAGUCUCGACGAUCCACAGACAAGAGUUAUUUUUAGAUUCAGAUAAACCUAUUGCUGGAUAAGUAGGUUAAUCUCUUCUUUAUGCAGCAUUUGGGCUGUCUACUAAAUCAUGCAUUGGUCAAAGAUUUAGAACUAGGCUAUUAGGGAAAGGACAACGCCUCUAGAUCUGUUUAGCAAACGGUCUCUCCUUUGGCUUUGAGUAGUUUUCCGGGAUUUAAACCAGACCGCAGCUGUCUUGUCACAACAAAGAUGGAGGAGAAAGCUAGCUAGCUAGCAAGCUCUGUACAUCCCCGAGGAGUUUAGCUAAAACUAAAUUGACCAGUUUCUCUCUACUGAUUGUAUUUUUUUGAUAUCGUGAUUUUCAAGAUGGAUACUGCCGUUUUUUCCGAGGAUGUCGUUGUAAAAAAGGUUUCCAUCGUUGGAACGGAGCUUGUGGAGAAUUACACUGUGUACGUCAUUGAGGUGACAGUCAGGGAUCAUAGAUGGAUCAUCAAGCAUCGCUACAGUGAUUUCCAUGACUUGCAUGAGAAAUUGACAGCUGAGAAGAAGAUAGAGAAACAUUUACUGCCGCCUAAGAAGAUGAUCGGUAAAAACUCCAAAAGCCUGGUAGAAAAACGUCAAAAGGAACUGGAAGUCUACCUACAAACACUGCUUGUCAGAUUCCCUACAGCUGCCCCUAAAGUCCUCUCCUACUUUCUGCACUUUCACCAAUAUGAAAUGAAUGGAAUCACAGCCGCUCUGGCAGAGGAGCUGUUCCACAAGGGAGAGCAGUUGUUGGUGGCUGGUGAGGUGUUCACAUUAUGUCCCCUCCAGCUGUAUGCCAUCACUCAGCAGCUGAAGCUGGCCAAGCCUACCUGCUCUAAUGGUGACGCCAAGGCAGACCUGGGACACAUUCUGGACUUCACCUGCAGACUCAAAUACCUCAAGAUCACAGGCACCAGAGGAGAGGUGGGGACCAGUAACAUCCAGGAAGACAGCCUCACGUUUGACCUUUCAGUCUUUAAAGCUCUCCUACAGAUAGAGAUAAGUGACUGUAACUCGGCCCAGAUCAUGGGACUACCUUCUCUGAAACCCUGUCUGGUCACGCUGAGUGUCCACCACUCUGCAGCAUCCAUGAUGGAUGUGCUGGUUCCGGAGUCAUGUGAGUCCCCUCAGUGGGUAGCAGAGGGAGCCCUUACAGACUGUCCCGUCACCACCAUCAUCCCUACCUGGAAGACUCUCACCACCCUGGACAUGAGCCACAACCACAUAGGCUGCAUAGACAGCUCAGUGAAAUUGAUACCGAAAGUAGAAUUCUUAGAUCUUAGUUCCAACGAGCUCUCUAUGGUGGAAAACCUUCAGCACCUGUACAACCUGAUCCACCUGGACCUUUCUUACAACGUUCUGACAGUGUUAGAGGGGGCCCACACCAAACUGGGUAACAUCAAGACCCUCAACCUGGCAGGCAACCAGCUAGACAGCCUCGCAGGCCUCACUAAACUAUACUCUCUGGUCAACCUGGACCUCAGCUCCAACAAGCUAGGACAGCUUGAGGAGAUCAGGUACAUAGGAACGCUGCCCUGCCUGGAGAGGUUGAUCCUGUCUAACAACCCCAUGUGUAUCAUCCCUGACUACAGAACCAAGGUGCUGGCUCAGUUCUGGGACCGCGCCUCAGAGGUAUGCUUGGACAGCACUGCGCCGACAGAGAAAGAGCUGGACACUGUGGAGGUGUUGAAAGCUAUUCAGAAAGCCAAAGAAUCUAAAGACAGAAUGGCCAACAACAACGAAAAGAAGAUCAGUGAGGACUCCAGGCUGUCUGGUGGUGGAUCUUCCAUCUCCUCCUCUGUCGCUGCCGCCUCUUCCUCCUCUUCCUCUCUCCUCUCCUCAGCCCUAGCCCCAGCCUGCUCCAGCCAAGAAGUGAUAUGUAAAGAAGAAGCCUUUGUUACCCCUACAAUAUUGACUCCUGUGGAUUUUAUUGCACUUGAUACCCAGCGAUGCUAUGAUGAUGUAAACACUCUGCCUUGUGAGGAACAACUACAGGUUACCAGCCACCAGCCCGAUGAUGAUGAUGAUGAUGAUUCUAGUUCUUUUGAACACUCCGGUACCCAACAGAACCAGAACCACAGGAACACUGGCUGCUGCUGCUGCUGUGUGGAGGACAGAGAGGAGAGAUACACGUGGAGCAACACUAACUUGAGGACCCCUGUGCUCCCCCUCUACCUCCCCUCCUCCUCUACCUCCUCCUGUCCGUCCUUCACCUCCCUGCUGUCUGCCCGCAUCACCAAAGCCCUGGAAGAGGAGGACAGGAGGCCCAGCAGACUCAGAGAUCUUCCCAGCCAGGAAGAGACUGAUCUGGGCACACCUAGCCCCAGUCCCAGCCCCUCCUCUGGAGAUGGAUACUUUGAGAUGGGUCUGGGGGAGGGAAAGGAGAGGGAUGGAGAGGAGGGGUCCCCAACUGACCAGGUAGAAGGAGAGAACCAGGCCCCAGAGACAGAGGUGUUACGUGUGACCAAAGUCAUGUGGUGCCACUGCAUCAGGGUUGAUGAUGUGGUGGAGCAGAGAUCGGUGUGUGUGGUGCUAACAAACAGUCUACUGGGGCUGUUUCACUGUCCUAGUCACCCCUCUACAGCCCCAACCCAUCAACCCCAGAGCCAACCUCACGACCUUGGCUCAGUCACAGUCCAGACCCUCGUAGAUAACCUGGAGCUAGACCUUGUCCUUCCCUACGACCAGCUAGACUCUCUCCUUUUCUACAUCCCAGACACUUGCCUUUCUCUGAGGGUGAAGUCCUCUAACGUUCGUUGGUACCUCUUCUCAGACCCCCAGGGUUUAAAGGAGACCCACUCCCUGCUCUGCUCCCUGGCCCAGCUCCCUUCCUCCCCGUCAGGAGGACCCUCCACCCCUCAGCAGCUUCUCCACCUGCUCUUCACCUCCUGGGAGUUUGAAGAGAACCAGGGCUGUGUGAAGAGUGGUUAUACAGCACAUUUAGUGGAGACUUCCAUGUUGUCACCUCAGAUCAGACAGACCAGCCAACAGACAACCACCUCCACCAACCCGACUCUCACUCCUAUGAAGACUUCUACUGACCUCAACACCUUCGCCCCCUACCAAACUCUAACCAAUCCCCUUCUCUCUGACAUCCUAUCCCACAUAGUUCCAGGAGAGGACAGAGACUUCUCCUGCUGUGUCCCCUGUGUCUUGUUCUUGACCCAACGCCAUCUCUGCGUGCUGAAGGUGGACUUCAAAGCUCUGGCUCGGGGAACCACCGGUGAUGAACCGUCAGACGACCACAACCAGAGGAUCCGCUCUUGCUCCAGGCUCACCCGCAUCCCCCUGGCCUCCGUGCUGCCCCACCCCAGGCCGAGUGCCCUGUACGGGGCUGGUGCUGGGUCUAGGCAGGGGUCUGUCCCUGCCUACUCUCCCAGCUGCCCCCUGCCCUGGCACCACCGUUCCCCCAGAGACGGCCGUGUCAUGGAGCUCCUAGUGGGACAGGAGAGGGUCACGGCGGUGUUCCCCUUGCCUCACGACAGGCUCCGUUUCCAGAGACAGUUCACCCUGCUGCGCUCCAGCCUCAGGGACAUCAAGACUGUGGCUUUCCUGCAGGGUGGGAACGAACAUAGCCACAGUGACGGGGACAGUCCCAGGACGAUAAACAUAUACACGUCCACUCCCAAUGAGACCAAGAGCACAGACAGGCUGCAGGUUAACAGCCCUCGAGGUUCCCAGCGUCCUCGGCCGUCCCUGUCCAUGUCCUACCCAACAGACAUCCUGGUGGAGAAGUUGACCGGAGACAACCAGGUCCCAUCCCACCUGUCCCUGUCCCCAGCCCUGUCCCUCGUCUCUGGUCUUAGGGGACACCAGCUGCUGGGGUUCUUCCACACAAACAUUGCAGAGGAAGAGAAGGAGGAGCUGCAUCACAUCCUGUGGUCAUCGGUGGUUUUUUAUAAGUCACCUGACGUCGAGGCCACUUCCUGUAUCAUGCUCUCUACUAAAGCCCUCUACUUCCUGCUGGAUGACUCCGCCUCCACGCUCAACGACCAAUCACUACUGUGGGACUGGAGCCACUGUGACCAUCAGGACCCAGAGCUGAUCAUGUCUUACUGUCUCACCAUCGACCUCCACGACCUCCAGUCUGUCAAUGUGGGCCUGUUCGACCAGUACUUCAGGGUGGUGGGGCCGUCAGCGGACCACAUCAUCUGCUGUCUGACGAGGGACAGUUACGGGACACACCGCUUCCUGCAGCAGCUGAUGAUGGUUCUCUCUCUACAGGACAAACUACCUUCUCCCGAACCCUCUGAACAAGACUUCUACACACAGUUCGGAAAUAAAUCCACAGGUAAGAUGGAGAACUAUGAACUUGUCCACUCUAGCAGGGUAAAGUUCAUCUACCCCAGUGAAGAAGAGAUUGGCGACCUGACCUUUAUCGUAGCCGAGAGGAAAGGUCCAUCUGGGGCGUCCUCCUGCAAUAUCCUGCUCUACGUACUGGUCUUCCAGGUGCAGACCCAGGGGCCAGGUUUCUCACAGGGCCUCAAUGUGCUCCCACAGACCCAGGCCCCAGCUGCUGACAGACAGACUUGCACUGGGGGUCGUCUGCAGGGGGAUAGACAGUCUCACCUCCAACCCCAGAGCCCGGUCUCUGCUAGCCAGCCCCGUCUUCAUCCUUACCCCCAGGUUCCAGGACCAGCCCCCUCCAUCAGGCCCCAUAUCCCCCAACAGAGCCUGGCUCCCUCCACUCCCAGGCCUGUCCUCCAUCCUAAGACUCUGAUCCUGACCAGUACAGACGUUUUCCUGCUGGAUGAGGAUUAUAUCAGCUACCCGCUGCCGGAUUUUGCCAAGGAGCCCCCUCCCCGAGAUAAGUACCAACUGACCGACGCUCGACGAAUAAGAGACCUGGAUCGAGUCCUCAUGGGUUACCAGACGUACCCGCAGGCACUGACGUUAGUCUUCGACGAUGUCCCUGGCCCAGACCUCCUCUGUCAGCUUACCAUGGACCACUUUGGAGAAGAGGAGGAGGAGGAGGUGGGAGGAGGAGGAGGGGAGAAUGGGAGGAGGAGGAGGAGGAGAUGUGGGGGAACAGAGAACGAGGUACUGUGGUGUGUCUAUGUUCCUGGAGCAGACAGCAGGGAGAGGCUGAUAUGUCUGUUAGCGAGACAGUGGGAAGUGCUGUGUAGUAGGGAGCUGCCUGUAGAACUCACUGGCUGACUGACUGGGUCUUCUGCCUGACUGGUUCUUCUGCCUGUAGAACUCACUGGUUGACUGGUUCUUCUGCCUGUAGAACUCACUGGCUGACUGACUGGUUCUUCUGCCUGUAGAACUCACUGGCUGACUGACUGGUUCUUCUGCCUGUAGAACUGACUGGCUGACUGACUGGGUCUUCUGCCUGUAGAACUCACUGGCGGACUGACUGGUUAUUCUGCCUGUAGAACUGACUGGCUGACUGACUGGGUCUUCUGCCUGACUGGUUCUUCUGCCUGUAGAACUCACUGGCUGACUGACUGGUUGUUCUGCCUGACUGGUUCUUCUGCCGGUAGAACUCACUGGUUGACUGGUUCUUCUGCCUGUAGAACUAACUGGCUGACUGACUGGUUCUUCUGCCGGUAGAACUCACUGGUUGACUGGUUCUUCUGUCUGUAGAACUCCCUGGGUGACUGACUGGUUCUUCUGCCUGACUGGUUCUUCUGCCAUUAGAACUCACUGGCUGACUGGUUCUUCUGCCGGUAGAACUCACUGGCUGACUGGUUCUUCUGCCGGUAGAACUCACUGGUUGACUGGUUCUUCUGUCUGUAGAACUCCCUGGCUGACUGACUGGUUCUUCUGCCGGUAAAACUCCCUGACUGACUGGUUCUUCUUCCAGGAGGUUUUAAAGCACGGCUCUACGCUGAAAUGUUGGCGCACACAAAGGAAUUUAGGAGCACAAUGAAAAAUAUUUGAGAUAUUAAAGCUAGAAUUACACAGCUAAAUAUUUAGACACAUAUACAAGUAAAAUGGUGGCACUGUUGAGCCCUGUAAAGAUGGUGGCUUUCAAACCAACCUUCACAGGCUGGUGGAUGGACUAUGUUACCAUAACCCGCCUUCACAGGCUGGUGGAUGGACUACGCCUUCACAGGCUGGUGGAUGGACUACGCCUUCACAGGCUGGUGGAUGGACUACGCCUUCACAGGCUGGUGGAUGGACUACGCCUUCACAGGCUGGUGGAUGGACUACGCCUUCACAGGCUGGUGGAUGGACUACGCCUUCACAGGCUGGUGGAUGGACUAACCAAACAAGACACAAGGGACAGACAAGGAAUCAAACCCCUUAAAGAUUCCUCUUCUCCUCCUCCUCCUCAAAGGAAGUUCUGUGAUGUUUCUUAUCGUUUAUGAUCCAAAUGCAUCCUGGGAAUUUGUACAGUCCACACAAGUGUGAUAUUUAUUUGUUAUCUUUGUACAUAGCCCCCAACCCAUAGUCGCUGAAGUACAUUUAUUAUGGAAUGAUACCAAUCUUAAAUAUUAUUUAGUAUUUAUCAAAAAUAAUAUUAUCUUUUUUUUUUUUCCUUUUUUUUUAUAUGAAAGUCUUAUUAUUGCUGGUCA